AAAAGCAUUGACUUCUUUCUUCCGUUGCAUGUGAUCUCCGUCAGUAGCACGUCCAUUGCAAGAAAAUGACUAACCAGCUUUGUAAACUAUUUGUUGGGGGCCUAAACGUCCAAACAACCGACGAAGGCUUGCGGGCACAUUUUGAACAAUAUGGACAGCUGACCGACUGCGUGGUGGUGAUGAACCAGCCACUGCAACGCUCCCGGUGCUUCGGCUUCGUAACGUACUCGAGCGUUGAGGAAGCAGACGCCGCCAUGGGUGCUAGGCCUCAUGUCGUGGACGGCAACAACGUGGAUCUGAAACGCGCGGUGGCCCGGGAAGACGCUGGUAGACCAGAGGCGCUAGCCAAGGUCAAGAAAAUAUUUGUCGGGGGAUUGAAAGACGACAUCGAGGAUGAACACCUCCAAGAUUAUUUCUCCCAGUUCGGUGCCAUCGAGAAAGCUCAGGUCAUCACCGACAAAGACACUGGGAAAAAGCGAGGCUUCGGCUUUGUUUACUUUGAAGACAACGAUUCUGCCGAUAAAGCCGUCGUGAUGAAGUUCCACAGCAUCAUCGGACACAAGGUGGAGGUGAAGAAGGCGCUCACCAAGCAGGAGAUGCAAGCCACCGGCGGUCGCGGCGGAAGGGGAGGCCGAGGAAUGGGCCGGGGAAGCGGGUAUGGCGGCGGAAGAGGUGGUUACUAUGGCGACUACGGCUAUCAGAACGGCGGAUACGGUACCGAAACCAGCUACGAAAGCCAAAGUGCUUACGGAGGAGGCUACAGUGACCAGAUGAGCAGCGGAUACGGCAACGGGAAUGGCUACAGUGACUUCGGCGAGGGCUAUGGACAGCAGGCUUCUGGUUACGGUGCCAUGAAAGCAGGCUACUUUUCCGGAAGGAGCAGUGGGCCGUACCCACGCGGAGGUGGAGGAGGAGGAGGAGGAGGAGGAGGAGGUGGUGGAUAUGGAAGAGGUGGCUAUGGUGGAUAUUAGAAGCACUAAUGUGACUCUAAGCUGUACGUCUUUUUCCCUUUUUUUAACGUAAACUGUGUGGACACUGGACUUUCAAAACUAUUUGUUUGGUAUUGGGUUUAAAUUAGAGAAUUGCUCUGUGCCAUUACCAGUACCAGCAGACACGCGUUGUUUUCCUUUGUUUAGAUUUAAGUGGUCCUGUUUACCCAAGUCAAGCCUGUAAAACACCAUGUAGGCUUCUGUAUGAUCUGUUCUAGGUUUAUUGCCUGUCCAUCGGUAAAGAUGAAACUCAGGGGUAAUGAAAUUUAAGCAGCUCACUUUCAUUUACAUGACCUCUUUCCUUUUGGUUUUAAGUGUAAUUUAAGUUGUUUUAACGCCAUUACACCGUUCCUGUUGUACAACUUUUUUUUUUUUAAGUAUAUUUAAUUUGAUCCAACAAUGGCCAUAUAAGCCUUUUAACCAUUAAAAAAAUCUUUU